AUAUCAUUCAUUAAACUAUUUUCCACCAGACAAUACACAGAAUGGAAUUAUUUCGAGGUUGAUAUCCAGGUUCAUGAAAACGAUACAAUUUUCUUUGAGUCAAUUCGAGGAGCCAAAGGAUCACAUUUUGCAGUGGAUGAGAUUACGCUUAUUAAAGGAAAAUGCAGAGACACAUAUUCAAGUGUUUUAUACAUGACAGGGGAAGUCAAAUGUAAUUUUGAAGGAAACAAAGAUAUUUGUUUUGAUCAAGACAAGGGUGACAAUUUUGACUGGAUGAUUGCAAGGAUGUAAAUAUAACUUUCAGUAUGCAGUACCAUAUGUAUGGUGAACACAUUAACACACUUAGGGUUUAUUUAAAAAAUGGAACAAGGGAGUUGGAAAUUUUCAGGAAAACUGGAAAGCAAGGAGAGGAUUGGAAACAGUUCACAAAUACAACAAAAAUAGAAGGAACCUGGAAGUUACUUAUAUCAGCAAAUAAAGGCAAUGGAACUCUUGGAUAUAUUGCCAUAGACGAUAUCCAGAUAAAAAUCAAUCGACAGGAUCUAAAAUAUAAUUGGAUGAAUCAGAAUGAGAGAUGCAAAAACAGUUUGGGUGUUUAUGCUAUCAAUCAUCGACAAUUACCAGACCCGUCCUGUCUAUCCUUUGAUUCUGACCGGUGGACAGGUAUUAUCAGACCUCAAAUAAGAGGCACAGCGACAAAUGUGUUGGAUGAAAAUCCAGCCAAAGUGCAGGUAUACAGGAACCUUGGCUUGAAUUAUAAAUAUAUCUGGGAGUCGUUCAACCCAACUUUAACCAGACCGUUUGUUUGUGAAAGAAAUUUAAGUACAUUAAAGGAUUUUUGUAUUGUGUUGGACGAGAAGGAAUCGGUAUCUAUCAUUAGUCCUAUGAUUACAACAUCUUCCAGUGAUACAAUAGUGGGAGUGGUUGUCGCCUGUGCUUCAAUUAUUUUUCUUUGCAUCAUUAUUUUUGUGAUUUACAAUAAACGGAAGAAAGCGACCAAAAACAGAAAGCAACAUGAUAUUUCUCCAAUCACGUCGGAAAAUGCCGCAUAUCUGAAAGACAGCAAAAAGAUUCUUAUCCAAAGCAAACAUCCAACAGAAAACAACUUAAUACCAAUGGAAGAAAAUAAGCAAAAGACGCAUCAAAGAAAGGAAAACGGUAAUCUUGAUCACAAGAUAGAAGAUUCUGCUAAAAGUACGUAUGACUUAUUCUUAGAAAAUAACAAGUUUAGUAAAGAACCUGAAGAAGAUUAUGACCACCUCCGUCAUGCUAACAAUAGUAUGAAGUCAAAAAGGGAUGACCUUUACAGUCACAUGACAGGAAACAAAUAUGAGUCACAAAAGAUGAUUACUGAUGACACUUACGCCCACGCAGUCGAAAUGGAGAAUGAAUAUGGUGCACCGCAGAUAACUUGUCACGAUGAUAAUGAAACAUAUGACCAUGCGCAUGCGCUGGAUAUCGACCCAGGUGGGGAGUACAAUGUGCUGCAUCAAGAUACUCGCGAUGAUGAAUCUUUAUAUAAUCAUGCAUAA